CUUGUUUAGGUUGUGGUAGCUUUGGUGUGGGACCGAUGAGUAACGGUCGGGCACUAAUGUGUGCAACACCCGGUGUUUCAGUUGUGGGAUGGAGUUUCGUUGACAUACAGACAUAAACGCUACGUGAAUUUUGUAUUUAGUGUGUCUGUCUAUUAACACGGUGAUAUCUAUCGGGAGCACUCACCCGAACAUCAUGGCAGAUAAUAUUAUCAUCAGGGUACAGUCCCCAAAUGGGAUGAAGAAAAUUCCUUCCACCAAAAGGGAGACAACUGCUGCUUUUUUAAAGAAGGUGGCCAAAGAGUUUGGGUUCAAUUCCAAUGGGUUUUCUGUUUACCUGAACCGCAACAAGACCGGGGAGAUCGUUUCCCAGAACAAAACCCUCAGCCUGCUUAAGAUCAAGCAUGGCGACAUGCUCUUUCUGUUUCCUUCAGGAUCCUCUACCUCCCUUGGAGAGGUGAUGGACACAGCCACCCCACACACAUCAUCAUUACUGCCAUCUGUCUCAUCAUCAUCUUCAUCCUCUUUGUCAUCCUACAUCAUCCCCCGGUCCUCAUCCGCACCCCAGGUCCAGGAAGAUGAGAUCGAUCAGUAUUUGGCCAAGCAGGAUGGCAAGAUCUACAGGAACAAAGAUCCACAGCUAUGUCGCCACGGUGCCCUUGGAAAAUGUGUGCAUUGUGUACCAUUAGAGCCUUUUGACGAAGACUACCUGAAUCACCUUGACCCACCAGUGAAGCACAUGUCAUUCCAUGCAUACCUUCGCAAGCUGACUGGUGGAGCUGAUAAAGGGAAGUUUGCAGCUCUGGAGAACAUCAGCUGUAAGAUCAAGUCGGGCUGUGAGGGUCACCCUCCCUGGCCGGAAGGGAUCUGCACCAAGUGCCAGCCCAGUGCCAUCACACUGAACAGACAGAAAUACAGACAUGUGGACAACAUCAUGUUUGAGAACCACACCAUUGCUGACCGUUUCCUGGACUUCUGGAGGAAGACUGGCAGUCAGAGGAUGGGGUACUUGUACGGCAGGUACACUGAGCACAAAGACAUCCCUCUGGGCAUCAGAGCCGAGGUGGCUGCCAUCUACGAGCCACCACAGAAUGCCACCCAGAACAGUCUGGAACUGAUAGAGGAUCCCAAAGCUGCAGCUGUGGAUGAAAUUGCUGCAAAACUGGGCCUAUGCAAGGUGGGGUGGAUCUUCACUGAUCUGCUCUCAGAGGAUAUGAGGAUAGGCACCGUCCGCUACACAAGAAACAAGGACUCACACUACCUGAGUGCAGAGGAGUGCAUCACAGCGGGAUACUUCCAGAAUCAACAUGCAAACCCCUGCAGACUUUCUCGAGACGGACAUUUUGGCUCCAAAUUUGUGACUGUGGUGGCAACAGGCGGUCCAGAUAACCAGGUGCACUUUGAAGGAUACCAGGUGUCCAAUCAGUGCAUGGCUCUGGUGAGAGACGAGUGCCUUCUGCCCUGCAAAGAUGCUCCUGAGCUGGGCUAUGCUAAAGAGUCCAGCCCUGAGCAGUACGUACCGGACGUCUUCUACAAGGACAAAGACAAAUUUGGAAAUGAUGUCACGUUUCUAGCCCGGCCUCUUCCUGUGGAGUACCUUAUCAUAGAUAUUACUACCACUUUUCCAAAGGAUCCUCAGUACACCUUCUGCUCCACACAACGAUUUCCUAUUGAGAACCAUGAUAUCCUUGGAGAGACACAAGAUUUCCACAGUUUAGCAACAUACCUCCAUCUGCUCCUCUUCCUCGUCACUAAUGAGGUCAUGCCUCUGAGAGACAGCAUCGGACUCCUACUAGAUGCUGUAAAGACUUCUAAUGAGGAUCUGGCACAGACCUGGAAGAAGUCGGAGCAGUGGGCCACCAUCGAGCAGCUGUGUGGUACAGUGGGUGGCCAGCCUUCCAGCUCUCUGGGUUAUGGGGCCAUGGGUGGCCCGUCACUUCCUGCCUCCUCCUCGGCCAUGUGGUCCUGCCUCCACUGCACCUUCAUGAACCAGCCUGGCACAGAGCACUGUGAAAUGUGCAGCCUGCCUCGCAGUUAAAACCUCCACCUCCACCCUGCUUCCAUGCCCUGCUCUGAUCUCCCCCAGCCCAACAUCACUGCACCAGGACCAGCAGCGAGGUUUGGCUGCCUAGUACCUGUUUUUUCGCCUCACAGUGAAGCCCCUGUCCUUCCCAUCUCGCUGUUCCGUGCAGGGAUAUGCACUGAAUUCAGUGAUCAAAUAAAGUAAAACCAGACUUUUG